CGAUGCGAGAAGUUCGCGAAAGCAUUGAGAACGUCAAGUGGAGGAUUGUAAUUGUAACUGCAAGUAUUCGUACGCAAACUGUCUUCAUUGCAUAUUAGUUAAAGGCGAAUUUUAUAAUAAUAUUGGCAACAAAAUUAACUGCAAUAAUAUAGAAACGAUAUAUGUAAAAAUUCGCAGUAUAAAACACAGUAAUCAACUAUAAGUAUUGUAUUUUUUGUAUAGCCUUUGAUUCUACUCGGAAAAGAGUUCUAAAUAUUAUGGGAGUAACUGAUAAAACUCCGGGAGAUAGCGAAUCUUGUUCUAAAAUAACAUUGGAAACAUAUCGGGAAAUCUUUCGCGACUUAGAGCCGGAAGUAGAAAUCGAUGGAUUUGAGGAGGAGCAGGGUUCUGGGCGCGGUGACAAUUAUACGGCGACAAUAUAUCGCACACAUCUAACUGGCCAACGACAAAGCUCAGCGGAUGGUAAAAAACAAAAAUGGGAAAAGAAUUUAAUUUGUAAGAGAAUGCCGGAGAAUGUACAACGUCGAGAAGCUUAUAAAAGCGAUAAGCUUUUUAGAAAUGAGGUGUUAUUUUAUACGGAAAUAAUGCCAGAACUGUUGAGAUUUCAAGAGCACAAAACAUCCAAAGUUUUUGGAGCCACUCCUAAAUGUUACUAUGCGCGUGAUGAUCUUCUCAUAAUGGAGGACUUGCGCGUGCGCAACUUCCAAAUGCCGGAUCGCCAAAAGGGUUUAACUUUAGAAGAGACACACUUGGUGCUGAAAGAGAUGGCUCAAUUUCAUGCCCUCAGUUUGUCUUAUAAAUUUGAAAAUCCUGCUCAUUUCGAACGACUGCGCGAACAUAUUACCGAAGGACUGUUUUGUUCCUCAAAUGCGAAUUGGUACAAAAAUUACUAUGAAAGGCUUACAAAGGAUGCCAUUAAAAUGGUUUCUGAUAUCCUUCCGGAAGAUUCCAAAUAUUUGGAAGCAAUGAAAAAAUUUGCGGGGUCUUCAACGUUCUUUUCCCAAAUGGUUCAUUUAGUCAGUGCGGAAUCAACACUUUCUGCCAUUUGUCACGGUGAUUGUUGGGUCAACAAUUUCCUCUAUCGCUAUGAAUGUACCGGGGAUAAUACAGAACAAAAACGAGCCGUAGAUAUUUGCCUGGUAGAUUUUCAACUGAUUCGCUACAGUUCUAUUGCAUUGGAUAUAGCAAAUUUAUUAUUUUGUUGUACCACAAAAGCAAUGCGCGAUGAACAUUUAAACGGGUUUAUUAAACUAUAUACAUCAGAAGUUUUUGGUUGGCUCAAAUUAUUAUGCACAAACAUACCAGAAGUAUGUGAUACCACAGAAAAAUUUGCAAAACUAUUUGGCGUUGAAUUGAAAGAAUAUGGACGUUUUGCACUAGGACUUGCAAUGGACAUUAUACCUAUGUCAACAUGUUCGUCUGAAAAUGCACCAGACAUGUACUUAAAUAUGCACCAUGAUGACAUAGAGGCCGGUGCACCAAUCUUGAAUUUUCCUCCAAACGAUUUGUGUCGCGAAAAAAUGUCUGAUAUCGUCAUUGAUAUGGUCGAUAGGGGCAUGCUUUAAUAAUCUAAAUUACCAGAUUACAAAGGCUAACGGCGGCAGCACGUGUAACUUAAUAUAAAGAUUACAACUGCAGAUAAGCUUUCUUAUAACGAUUUUUGUUUAUAGCGCAACCGUAUAUAAAAUGAUGUAUGUAUGUAUUAAAUUUAUGUUGGUUACAAGUUAAAAAGCAAGCGUACAUAGUAUGUAUAUAAUAUAAGCUUAUUUUAGUUAUACAGUUCUCUAGAAAUGUUCCAAAUAUGUGAAGCGCUAAUUAAUUUUUAUUCCCAUGAUAAUUUUAUAAAUGUAAUUUAAUACAGUAAAACGAGUAGAUUGAGCGAGGCGACUGUAGUUAUAUUUUAUAGAUUCAUAUGUAUGUAAGUGGGUGAAUGAAAAAAUAUUAGUUGUAAUCCAAAACCAAAGAAUAUUUCGAAAGCAAUUCGCACACAUUCACGCACUAUGUACCGUAGCGAC